AGCAGCCGGCAGGGGACGACGACGGCGGCGUCGCCGGGAACACAGGGGAUGAAGAAAGGUCCAUGGACGACGGCGGAAGAUGGAAUCUUGAAUGAGUAUGUUAACAAGUAUGGAGAAGGAAAUUGGAACGCCGUUCAACGUAAUUCAGGUUUACAGAGAUGUGGUAAAAGUUGUCGUCUCCGAUGGGCUAAUCAUCUCCGGCCAAAUCUAAAAAAAGGAGCUUUUACAUCUGAUGAAGAACGUCUUAUCCUCGAACUUCACGCCAAACUCGGCAACAAAUGGGCUCGCAUGGCUUCUCAGCUUCCGGGUAGGACAGAUAACGAGAUUAAGAAUUACUGGAAUACUCGAGUCAAAAGAUUACAAAGAGCUGGAUUACCGAUUUACCCAGAAGAAAUCAAUAGACAAAUCCAUAGCCAACACCAUCAGUUCAUAUCACAAACCCAUAAUUCAUCAUCAUCAUCAUCUUCAAUCAACCCCUUCUUCACAACCCAUGUUAAUUUUCAAACCGUGACCCCAUUUCAUUCCAAUCCUCAAUUCACGAUCUUUCAUGACAACGACAACAAUUACAAUCCAAACGUAAUUCCAUCUUCCAAUUUGGGAUAUACCCAUCAAAAAGAUCCAUUUCAGAUAAACUUCGAUACCAAUUUAUUCGAUGGUAGCAAAGAAACAGAGCUUCCUUCAAUCCAAUCCCCUGUUAGGGUUACGCCGGUUUCAUCUAGCUCCGGCGAUCAUUAUCAGUACUAUGAAGACAUUGCAGUACCUCAUCAUAAUGCAGCAAACAGUGGUUUAUUGGAAGCAUUAUUGGAGGAAUCUAAGGCAUUGUUAAAUAAAGAGAAGAACAUCAUUCAUAAUGAUCCAUGCCCAUCUCAAUCAUCCAUCAGUUUGAAUGAUAAAGAUGCAUUAGAAGAAAUGAACCCAAUUGAUGAUGAUUUGUUCAGUUUGCUGAAUAAUUUCCCAGUAACAGUGCCUGUUCCUGAUUGGUACAAUGAAAGUGUGAAGAAUUCGAAUAAUAGAAAUGAAGAACCUUCAAACAAUAUUGUUCCUGCAGUGAACACAACAACAACAACUAUGUCGGAAGAGGGUGAUUGGAGUAACUUGAAUUCGUAUUGUUGGAAUAACAUGCCGAGAAUAUGUUGAUUCAUCAAUCUCUUAGCUAGA